AUGAACAAAACAAACAACAACAGCACACCGGCGGAUGAUUUCCAUCUUCUGGCUUUUUCCAGAUAUGCAAAAAUUCAAGUUGCACUUUUUGUAGUGGUGCUUUUGUUUUACAUGCUAACCUUAGUUGGAAACAUAAUCAUCACUGUGCUCAUAUGUCUAGAGUCCAAGCUCCACACUCCAAUGUACUUUUUUUUAUGCAACCUCUCAAUCCAAGACAUUAUGUACGUGUCAGCCAUUUUGCCAAAGUUGUUGACCAUAUCAAAAACAGGUGAUACCAGUAUUUCUUUUAGAGCGUGCAUCACUCAGAUGUUUUUAUUUAUAUUUUGUAUUGAAACAGAAUUUUUCCUGCUUACUUCGAUGGCAUAUGACCGCUAUGUGGCUAUCUGUAUGCCUCUGCAUUAUUCUCUCAUCAUGAGCAAGACUAAGUGUGCCAUAUUAGCCAUCGUGUCAUGGCUUAUUGGUAUCUUGAACUCUUUGAUGUAUGCUUUAAAAGUAUCUGAAUUACCCUUCUGCAGAAAAAAAAACAUCAAUCAUUUUUACUGUGAUAUGAAAGUCAUGCUGAAUCUCUCAUGCAGUGACACAACAAACAUUGAAUCAAUAAUAUUUAUUGAAGGACUACUUAUAGGGUUUCUCCCAUUUUCACUGAUUUUGAUUUCCUAUGUAUAUAUUAUAUCUGCUAUUUUAAAGAUGUGUACAUCAGCGGGAAGACUCAAUGCUUUCUCCCGGUGUUCAUCGCACAUUGCCACAGUGCUGCUAUUUUGCUUGUCCUCUCUUAGUCAAUACAUGAAGCCACAGACAGAAAACUCUCAAGAGCUGGACAAAGUGAUCUCCAUGGUAUAUGUGGCUCUUGUCCCAAUGUUAAACCCACUAAUCUAUAGCUUAAGAAACAAAGAUAUAUUGAAUGCCAUGAAAAAAGUUAUUACAUGUUAA